AUGGCUAAGCUUUCUUUCAAUUACUUCAAAUUGAAUUCCAUCAUCAUCACGGUUUUUGUGCUUGUAGCGCUUGUUAGUGCGGAUUACACCAUGACAAAGAUGCCUACUGAAAGAAAGGAAAAUGAAAAGCCCUGCGGUACUACUUCACAUGGAAACAAUGUGCCUAUUCUGAAAGAACCAAUUAUUUCUCAGAAAGGAAAUAGUGUGCCUCAGCCUAUCCAAGAAAAGGUGGUUCCCCAACCAAGCGAGCCUGACUGCGUGGAAAGUGGUAAACAUUGUGAGAUUACGGCACCAGGUCAAUGCUGCUCCCAAACUUGUAUCAAUGGUGAUUAGGAUGCUACUUGCUUGUAAAACUAUUAUUAUUUUUUUGUUUUUUAAUGUACGAAUUGUGGGGUGAAUCUUUAAU